AUGGUGGAUGGACGACCUUAUCAUGAGCCUUCCAUCUCAGUGCAUCCUGGCUUGAUAGUUGCUCUUGGGGAAAACGCCACAAUCUACUGCAAGGGCUACUACGAAGAUGCUGCAACAUUUUAUCUGUACAAAGAGGAUCAGAGUCUGCAGAAAAAGUUUGCAGAUGCUGGGGCUGUGUUUACAGUCACCAGUGUCAACCAGUCCAACCAGGGGAGCUACAGCUGCAGGUAUUGUUACAAAUACAACAGAUGCUCAUUUCGCAGUGACAAAAUAAACCUCCAGCUAGCAGCUCAAGUUUAUCCCAAGCCCUUCAUCUCAGUGGAGCCCAGUGGGAUCCUCACCAUGGGGGAAACAGCCAGCAUCCACUGCGACAGUGAAAACAACUCACACACGGAUUUCUACCUGUACAAACAAGGGACUUCAUUUCGUCGGAAAACUGAGGCCAUCAAAUCCAGUGAGGCAGUGUUUCACUUGACCCAUGGAGGAAUCUACUGGUGUACCUAUUGCUUCGAUUCAAACUCUGGUAAACAAUGCUCAAAUUUCAGUGACAACGUAUGCAUCAACGUAGCAGAUCCCAAACUUGGAACACCCUCCAUCAGUGUGAGACCUGAGAGACACAUUGUUCUGGGCUCAGAUGUCACAAUUGAGUGCGAAGGACCGGAAAACGGUCUGAACUUCUCUUUGCACAAAGCCGGCAACCCGAUUGCAUCACAAGCGUCAGAUCCCAGUAGUAACGUAACCAAAUUUGCUCUGCCUGUGAAGAGGUUGGGGGACGGAGGAAACUACACCUGUCGAUUUCACCACAGAGAAAAUCCCUGUGUCUGGUCAGAGUCGAGUAACCCUGUGGAGCUUGUUGUGACAGAACGAUCCGUGAUGGCUAUAUGGGCAGGCCUUGCUGCUGGUCUUCUCCUGCUUCCGUUUCUCCUGCUGCUUGCCUUCAUAUUGUACAGAAAACGGAAAAAGGGCCCCCAAAUCAGUGAAAGCCAAGUCGUAAACACGACCCUUAGAACUGACGCUAAAGAAGUCUGUGAUGAAACCCCCAAUGGAGGAGAACCUGAAGGAAUCAUCUAUGCCGUGCUCAACCAAGACUCGCUGAAGAUCAAGAGGACGAGUGUUCCUGACGUUCCCUCAGACUCCUGUUUCUAUGCAUCAGUGGCUGUUGACAGAAAUGUGUUGGGCCGUUAGGUAGCUUUUGUGUUUCAGCAUUUCAUCAAUGCACUUAUUGUGAUUGGCUCAUGCACGGAGGGGUGCUUAUUUUCCCAUGCCCUCAUAGACAUGUAAUCGUGCAG